UAAGUGUGUGGUCCACUGUUUGCCGUAGAACCGGUCUUUAGCAACCUUCUGUAGGCCGUCUCCGACCAUGAUUUACCGAUAGGUUCGGUCACUGCGGUCAAUUGUAUAAGAACUGGGGUUUAAGCUAUGGAUGGGUGGUUUUCCCAGGGUUUUUGACAUCUCACAGAUAAACAGAAAGAGAGACGGAGAGAACAACGAACCCAUGGUUGCGUACGACAAAAAUUUUUGGUUUUGAUGAAGGGGGAGGGGAGAAGCAAGCAUGGGGUGAAGAAUUUCUUGCGUGAUCGAUGAGAAUUCUGGGUUUUUUUUGGGUGUUUCUUAUAUUAGAUUUUCUGGGCUCGGGAAUUUCCGGCGAGUCUCCGAUCUUGAAUUACCGGCGGUGAAUUGUGUUAUAGUUUCGACUUUUUGGUAAAAGCAUGGGUUUUUGAGGUGGAACUCGGGUGAAUUUGGACGGAAAAUCUGUUUGAAGUGUUUCAUUUGCGUGGGCCUUUGGCUAAGCUGCUCGGUGAAUGUGUAAAACUAUGGGUAUUUUAGACUAUAACUUUAAUCCUCUUUCAGUGUUUCGAGUGUUUUGAAUUCAUUGUGGCAUGGUUGGUAAGAUAUGGUGUUGCAGAAGAGAUUGGAUUAUGGAUUUAAUGGCUAUCGGGUGCCUCCUAUGCCUCGAUCGACCAGAUCAGCUAGGAAGAGAGGCGUCAAUUGGAGAAAAGCCGAAGAUGGCCAGAUGUGUGCGUUUGACUUGUUAGCUACCGUUGCUGGAAAGUUACUACUGGAAGGAGAAAGCUCGUCGCAGAGUCUCGAGAAAGAUAGUGUUGAUAGGGAAAAGCAGAGUCUCGAGAAAGAUAGUGUUGAUAGGGAAAAGUGUAAUGAUGAUAGAAUAAUGCAAGAAAAACCGGGCAAUCGAGGUAGUUGCGAAAGGAAUUUCUUCCUGUCUGAGCUUGUCUCGCAGGCGCCUGUGUUUAGUAACUUCUCGUAUGAGCUUCCAAAUGCUCGGAACGAUAGUUUGUCGCCUAAGUCUGUAAUAACGACUUCUGAUAGCUCUGACAAGUUUGCUCCCGUGGAACAAUUGGUCAAUUCGGGAAGCAAGCUCGAGCCUGGAAACGGGUGUGUGUCGGGCUGCAAAGUCUUUUCUAGUUGUAAAUUAGGUACUGGAGUUGCGAAACCUAGAAAACAUGAGGUGUUAAAUAAUGGUAAGGUUUCGAGUGAUACUAAGGCUGGUAUGUGCAGUUCAAGCGCCGUUCUUUGGGAUAGAAAACCUUCGUCUACUUUUGUAUGUUCUGACAAUAGUGUAAAGUUAACUUUGUCGAAAGAUCACAUUCCUUGCGGAUCUUUUCCCGCGAGUCGGGGUAAUGUAAAAUUAGGUAAUAGAGAUGAUGACGAAAACUCUUCCGUGUGCACUCAACCUAGCACCGCAAAUAAGGCAUUUGAGCCAGCUCUGCCUCGUAUUGGCGAUCAAAGGAUCAGGAAAUCGUUGGCAUCUGAGUACUGUGAAGUUAAUCCGAAAUCGAACGAUGAGGAACGUCGAAAUGCCGAUGUUGAAACGAAGCCUGCUUUGGGCAAUAAGAAGAACAAUCUCAAAUGCGAAAGGUCUCUUCGAGAUUACCCCUUCAAGAAAAGGAAGCUCUAUGAUUGUAGUUCGGUGUCCAAUUCCAAUUCCGACAGAGCUAUAAGUAACGAGGGAAAUUGUAGCUCUCAUACAAAGGGCUACACAGAGGAUGCUUCUAAUUAUACUCCUCCAACAGCCCAAAAAACAGCGGGGACAUCAACCUCUGCUCCCGGUGGGUGUGCGUUCUUUAGGACCGGUGAUUCCCAGGUGAAGCUCAGAAUUAAGUCUUUUAGGGUUCCCGAGCUUUUUAUUGAGGUUCCAGAAACCUCAACCGUUGGUUCUUUGAAGAGGACAGUCAUGGAAGCAGUGACGGCAAUUCUUGGUGGCGGACUACAUGUUGGCGUCCUUUUUCAGGGUAAGAAGAUUAGAGAUGACAACAAAACGUUAUUGCAGACCGGAAUUUCUCGUGAGGAUAAACCCGAUACUCUGGGUUUUUCGCUCGAACCCAUUCCUCCUAAAGCUUCUUCCCCGCCUCCGUGUCCAGAAGAGCGUCCUUACCUACUUUCUUGCGAUACACCUCAACCAUUAAGAAGGUACUCGCCUUCUCGAAGUAUGGUUCAUAAUGUUGUGCAACAGGGACCCGCUGAGACCCUCCGGGAUUCUCCAGGAACGAAUUUGAUCAAUUUUAUUGAAAGUGAUCACGAUUCUGCUCCGUCCCCUCCUGACACCUCGUUAGAUAAAAGUGCAGCAGCAGAAGAUUCGAGAGCGUUGGUUCCAGUUCCUGCAGUGAAUAUGGAGCCCAACCAUGAUGUGGUUCUGGCGAGGAAACCGAAGCGAUCCGAGGCUGCACAACGCCGAAUUCGUCGACCUUUCUCUGUAUCCGAAGUAGAAGCGCUUGUUCAAGCUGUUGAGAAGCUUGGAACCGGCAGGUGGCGUGAUGUUAAGCUGAGGGCUUUUGACAACGCCAAACACAGGACCUAUGUUGAUUUGAAGGACAAAUGGAAAACGCUAGUGCACACAGCGAGAAUCUCCCCUCAGCAGAGGAGAGGCGAGCCGGUGCCCCAGGAGCUGUUGGACCGCGUCCUAAUUGCUCACGCCUACUGGUCCCAGCAGCAAGCGAAGCAGCAGAUGAAACAGCAGGCCGAGACGUGCCUUCUCCUCUGAGCUUCACACCGGGGUUUAGAGAUGGUUGUUCGACAAUUAUCUCUAUCGUUACUCUGUACUAUAACGUCUGUAAAUAAAAAGUUCGACGGGGAAGUUAAAACUAGUAAAAUGCAGUAUGUAGUUUCUCUCUUGCUGGGAAGGGGGUUUGUAAAUAAGUGGUUGCUGACAGGGAUUGUUUGUGGUGCCAGGAAAGUGUGCCUAAUAGAAGAAAGGCAAAGGAAAGUGUAGAGCAUAUAUUAUAUAUAUGAUUAUAUGUUGUAAGCUUUGAUUUAGCAGUUGAGAAACAUCAUCUGCUUAACUAAACCCCAUUCUAAU